CCACUAUCAAGGAUUCAGCAUCAACAGAAGGACUUGAGUUCUGGCCAAGGGCGGACUGACCAUUUGGAAACUCGGGCACUGCCCGAAGGCCUGGGGUCAGUAGGGGGCACCAUGAGAUGCCCCUGGUGCCUUUUUCAUAGGCUUUUUUGAGUUUGGGCAAGGACACAGGGGCCCCAUGAUCCCUUAUUGCCCAACCCGGGGUCAGUAGGGGGCCCCAUGAGAUGCCCCUGGUACCUUUUUCAUAGGCUUUUUUGAGUUUGGGCAAGGACACAGGGGCCCCAU